AUGGCUUUUCUCCGCUCUGGCUGGGCUGUUGUACUCGCCAAUAUCCUGGUGCCACUGGGUAUUCUGGUAUUCUCAUCUGGCUUCUUCCCCUAUAAACCGCUACUACCUGGCCUGGCUACUUUUGACGAGAUCGACCAAAAUGCCACGCCAGCAAUCUUUGACAAGGUCAUUUUCAUGGUCGUCGAUGCACUCCGCAGCGAUUUUGUCUAUUCCAAUGAGUCUGGAUUUUCAUUCACGCAAAGCUUAAUUCGAGCAGGGGCUGCCUUGCCUUUCACGGCCCAUGCUAGCUCGCCAACGGUCACAAUGCCUCGAUUGAAGGCCAUGACUACGGGAUCAGUGCCCUCGUUCCUUGAUGUGAUUCUCAACAUCGCCGAGUCAGACACCGGCUCAUCUCUUGCGUACCAGGACACAUGGCUGGCGCAAUUGAGAGCUAGGGGCGAUCGCCUUGUCAUGUACGGUGAUGAUACGUGGCUCAAGCUGUUCCCAGGGAUGUUUGACCGUGCAGAUGGGACCACAAGUUUCUUUGUGUCGGACUUUACCGAAGUGGACAAUAACGUGACUCGCCACGUUCCUGAUGAGUUGGCCCAAAGCGACUGGUCAGCCAUGAUUAUGCAUUAUCUAGGCCUCGACCAUAUCGGACAUAAGGCAGGUCCAAGAAGCCCCUUCAUGCUGUCCAAACAGCAGGAAAUGGAUGCCAUUGUGGAUAACAUCUAUACCGCCAUUCAACAUGAGUCUCACCUGGAGUCAACUCUUUUUGUUCUGUGCGGCGAUCACGGCAUGAACGAAGCCGGGAAUCACGGUGGCUCAUCUGCUGGUGAAACUUCGCCAGCACUGCUCUUCAUUUCGCCCAAGUUUGAAACAAUGGACGCUCCGCGGGCCGAAAGUCCCAUCGCAACCCCAGACGAUCUUCGAUUUUAUCAAACUGUUCAGCAAUCAGAUAUCACCGCGACAUUGGCGGGUCUAUUAGGAUUGCCAAUUCCUUUGAAUAGCCUGGGAGUUUUCAUUCCUGGUCUUCUAGAUAUGUGGGAGUCCGGGUCUCAAAAACUUCAACUUCUAUCUCGAAAUGCCCGGCAAUUAUUGAAAAUUGCCCAGUCUACAUUCCCCAGCGCCACUUUUGACGCUGAGGCCUUUUCGACCUGUAACCCGGAUAAUCUCUCCGGGAUUGAUGAGGUUCAAUGUACAUGGUCACAAGCCCAAAAGCUUCUUUCCGAACAACAUUUGUCCGAGUCCGAAGAAGCGUAUCCAGCCAUUGAGCAAGCCCUACUACGCUUCUCACGGGCCACGCAGGAGGUGAUGAGUAGUACCGCUAGCAACUAUGACAUGUCCCGACUUGUUGCCGGACUGCUAAUUCUAGCUGUUGCAACCUCAUUGCUUUUGCCUCAAAUUUACCAUGAAUUCUCUCGGACCGUUUCUACGGGGAUUUUCUUGGUGUUUAUGGUCGUUGGCUACGGAAGUAUGAUGUUUGCGAGUAGCUAUGUUGAAGAAGAGCAACAGUUCUGGUAUUGGAUAUGCUCGGGCUGGAUGUUUUACCUGCAUAUGCGAUCUGAAUCGGGAUCUUCGAGGAACUCGAAUGUCUCGCGCAGAAAGGCCUCCUCCCCAUUUAGGUGGAUAAAACUGGCGACACUAGGAUUGAUUGCUUCACACCGAGUACUUCGAAGAUGGAAUCAAACAGGACAAAAGUUCACGGCCGAACCGGAUAUCGCUCGAGAUUUCUUUCCCGCCCAUCCAAACGCUCUAUGGGCCUUGGUGAUAUUGACAUAUGUGGACUCUGGCUAUCAUUUGCUGGCGAAGAUGCCAUCAGUUGCACCGGCAAAACUGAUUGCUUUGAUCAUACCCGCACUGGGUUUCCUGUUCAAACUCAACUUCGCGGCGAAUGAUUCACCCGAGCUUCUCGCAGAUACCCCCUUGUCGAAACUUGCUGGAGGCUGGCUCGGUAGCCUGUCUUUAGUUUUGCAGGCAAGAUUGGUUUUCGGUGGACUUGCUUGUUGUGGACUCUUAGCGAUCGUUUCUGCAAAGAGAUCACAUUCAACACGGGCAUCCAACGCCCUUUUCCACGAAGCUCUCCACCUCUUCCUAAUGACGCAAUCCAGAAUCACCAACGUCCCAGUAUUCCUCCUAUUCCGAACCCAAGGAACAAUGCUAUCAUCGCUAAACCUCACCGGAAUCGAAGUAACAGCCACAACCCUGAUACUGCAGUACAUGACAUUUUUCGCCUUUGGCGGAUCAAACUCAAUCUCCUCAGUCGAUCUUUCAAGCGCCUAUAAUGGUGUCGGCAGCUAUAGCGUGGUUUGCGUCGGUAUCCUGACCUUCGUUAGUAACUGGGCUGGACCUAUUUGGUGGAUUUCAAUGGGUCAUCUGCUUCGCCCGCCACAUACCUCUGAAAAUCAUCGUCAUGACUCUGCGGCGCUAUUUACUUUUCAAGUCGCCGCUUCAUUGUUGUCUGUCAUGGCGGCUUGUACAGCACUCAGAACACACCUGUUCAUCUGGACCGUGUUCUCGCCCAAAUAUCUCUAUAGCAUGGCGUGGGCGAUGGCGAAUCAUGUUGCUGUCAAUAUUCUGGGCGGAAUCGGUCUCGCGUGUCUCUGGCCGCGCAGAUAG